CCUUCUUGACAAGCUCACCCACCUACCUGGUUUACCUACCUCCUAGUUCGCCUUCUUGAUUCAAUAGUUAAUGGCUGAUUAUGUUAUCUAAUUUGAUCCAGACCAUUCACUGUUUUUGUUUUUGUCUUAUCCACCCUCACUCGUCCCAAACUCCCAUCUUCUACUUACUACCUUACCUACCCGAGGCCAAGGCACACCUCGACAGCAGACUCGACACAAUCGAAAAUUUGGAAUUAUCGUCUUACCUCUUACAUUUCGCGUAAUAAUCCCCUGAGGACUUUUCCAAAGGGCAUUGCGUGAAUCUUAACACAAUACGGAAUCUGCAAUGUCCAACUGUCUCGUGCGAAGGCUACCGAUAGCCCAGGCUUUGUCUACAACUACCUCCUAAGUCUACUGCGCAUUGCGCAUACUAUUAAAACUUUCUUUGAUUCGUGCCUGCGAUAUACUUGUUCGACAAAGACUAAGAGGAAUCACCCAAGAUGGUAAUGGGGAACAUGGAUAUGAUGGAUAUGAUGGAUAUGGACAUGGGUAGCGCGUCUUUGGGUGGUGAUAUCACAACCAUCAACAAGGCCUAUGCAAGAAGCUACUGGUAUUUUGUCGCAGCUGUGGUCUUCCUAUUUCUCAUAAUCCGUACCAUUAAUUUUGUCCUAUAUAGGUCAAGACUACGCAGGUCCAGAUCACACUCAGUGCGGUUUCCUACGAGGCCUACGAGCUUCUGCUCGCAGUUAUGGGCGACCCUAACUGCCGUCUGUAGAGAGAUAAGCUACCCACAGCUUUACGUUCCGAUCCGAAACUUGUCAUGGCUAACACCGCCACCUAUGGGCCACAUCCUCCUCCUCCUACUCUAUUGGGCCGCUGUUAUUUAUAUCAUGUUUAAAGAUGCGGUGAUACUAGACGUCAAUUUCAUGGAGAGGCUAGGGUAUCGCAAUGCUUGGGUAACAGUUACGCAGCUGCCUUUCCUCUAUAUAUUAGCCUCUAGAACCAACGUCAUCGCCCUGAUCACCGGGACCAGCUACGAGAAGUUAAAUUGGCUCCACCGAUGGGCAGCCCGGACCAUGUUGAUUACCACAACCGUACAUGGAUUCUGCUUCUUCGCCGGCUGGGUCGAUAGCGACAUUGUCGGCGUUGAACUUGGGAUGAUGAACAUGGUCAAGUACGGUUUUGGCGCUUGGGGAAUUCUACUGUGGAUGAACAUCACAUCCUUUAAGCCGUUGCGAUCCAUAGCAUACGAGGUUUUCGUCAUCCAACACAUCUUGGCGGCUGUUAUACUCUUAUGGCUUGUCUACGUUCACGUUCCUGUAAGUGCCAGGUAUAAUGUGUGGUUCGCAGUCGCCGCCCUCUGUUUCGAUCGAGUGUUCCGUCUCGGUCUCUUGUUCUGGCAGAACACUAAGUUGCGCCCGGACCGCUCAUGCUGUCAAGGCGGGCAGUUGGUUGGCCACAAGACGCAACUUUCCCUGGUUGGAGAGUCUAUAACAGUACUCACUAUAAAGGAUGUUCACUUCAAGUGGAGGGCAGGGCAGCAUCUCUAUUUGUGGCUACCUAGAAUAGCACCGUUUGAAGCGCACCCGUACACGAUUGCUUCUGCUCACCAGACUCCAGAGACGUGUAUCUGUAACAGCAUUCAACUAGUAAUACGGUCUCAUUCAGGCUUUUCCAAACGGCUCAGGCAGUUUGCGGGGAAACAGGAAGCAAUGGGAAAGAAGCAGGUUCUCACAGCCUUAAUCAUAGGCCCGUACGGAAAUCCACCUCGAUGGGAUAUUUUCGAAACGCUAGUCCUGAUUUCCGCAUCGACUGGGGCGUCAUAUACGCUUCCUAUCCUGGAGAGCGUGCUUCACUCCAAGAAAAGGUCAUGCACCAAGCGUGUGGACUUUCUUUUGACGGCUAAGCAGGGGGAGGAAGUUAGCUUCUACCACGAACGUCUGCAUGAGGCUAUGGAAAAGGCAAAGUCGGUAGGUAUCGAAUUAGUCGUUCAUAUCGCUGUGACUGGGGAUGGGCAACUUGGAACACUAGGCGCUGUAGCUUUUUCAACUUCUUCAACCUCUUCAACGCACGAGAAGAAAACAUUCGAAGAUGCAAAGGUAUCGGUGAAUGUUGAAGGGAUUGUCCAGCCGUUAAUGGGUAGGUCGCGUAUGGACCUCCCAGAGACAAGCUCCGACUCACAUAUUCACCAUUUGGGGUCAAGACCGGACGUAGCCAAGUUCAUCAGGACGGCUGUUGAAGCUACCGGGGGAGAAACGGGCAUUGUAGUAUGUGGUGGGCAAUCCUUAGUGACUACAGUGAGAACCAACGUGGCGAAGCUGAGCGACGAACGCGCGGCACAUAAAGGCACAGGCGCCCAGGGAAUCUAUUUGCAUGUAGAAGAAUACUGCUUUUGAUCGGAGUGAGGACAAGAAUUGCAGAAUGACCCGACUACGAAAGCCACAGCUCAUUAUACCCACUCGUGCCCUUCAAAAUAGCACUUCACCGUUGUUGUACUCCUAGUUAUUGCUUGAACUACAUAACACACAUACACAAGUCUUAAUUUUACUACAGUGCUAGUUCA